CCUCCCUCUCUCUCUCUCUCUCUCUCCUCAAAGCCUACAUCUAUGGACCUUCCAUCAAUCGACCUUCAUUUCUCUACUACUAGGUUAACGCCCAAAACCAGCUGUUGUUCUCCCCACUCCAGCAAACCUUAACUAACAACCCCACCUCCUGGCUCACGCUCUUCUCUCCCCGCGCACGUUAGUGGCCAGAUCCUUGUCGUCAAUGGCGCAAUCCAACACUACCGUCCAACCGGGCAGGAUUAGGGUUCUGAAGAAAGGGUCUCGACCGUUGGGUCAUCGAGGUGCGGCGGGACCGGUGGUGUACUGGAUGUUUAGAGAUCAACGGGUGAGGGACAACUGGGCGUUGAUUCACGCCGUCGAUGAGGCGAACAAGGCCAAUGUCCCCGUAGCUGUGGUAUUCAAUCUUUUUGAUCAGUUCUUGGGUGCCAAGGCCAGACAAUUAGGGUUCAUGUUGAGGGGUCUCCAGCAACUCCAUACCUGUAUCCAAGACACUCUUCACAUUCCAUUCUUCUUGUUUCAGGGAGAAGCUAUAGAGACGAUUCCCAAUUUUAUCGAAGAAUGUGGUGCUUCACUCUUGGUUAGUGACUUCUCGCCAUUACGAGAAGUUAAAUGUUGGAAGGAGGAAAUCUGCAAAAGGGUGAGUGAUUCAGUGUCAGUUCAUGAAGUUGAUGCUCACAAUGUAGUACCUCUUUGGGUAGCAUCCGAGAAAUUGGAGUACAGUGCUAGGACUAUUAGGGGUAAGAUUAAUAAAUUGCUUCCUGAGUACAUGAUUGAUUUUCCUAAGCUGGGGCCACCAAUUAAAAAGUGGGCUAGCACAAAUCAUGUGGUAGAUUGGGAGAACCUCAUUACAGCAGUCAUAAGGAAAGGAGCAGAAGUUCCUGAACUUGAGUGGUGCGAACCAGGUGAAGAUGCAGCAAUGGAAGUCUUGAUGGGAAAUAGAAAUGGAUUCUUGACAAAGAGAUUAAAGGGCUACUCUUCGGACAGGAAUAACCCUUUGAAACCUAAAGCUCUUUCUGGUCUCUCUCCGUAUUUGCAUUUUGGGCAGAUAUCAGCGCAGCGGUGUGCUACAGAGGCACGUAGAGUCAGGACGCUUUGCCCUCAGGCGGUUGAUGUAUUCUUGGAGGAGCUGAUCGUCCGAAGGGAACUUGCGGAUAACUUUUGUUUUUACCAGCCUCAGUAUGAUUCUUUAAAAGGAGCAUGGGAAUGGGCACGUAAAACCUUGAUGGACCAUGCCUCUGAUAAGCGAGAACAUAUUUACACGAGAGGGCAAUUGGAGAAGGCACAAACUGCUGAUCCUCUAUGGAAUGCUUCUCAGUUGGAGAUGGUUCAUUGUGGAAAGAUGCAUGGCUUUAUGAGGAUGUACUGGGCAAAAAAGAUUCUUGAAUGGACAAGUGGGCCCGAAGAGGCCCUUGCAAUAUCAAUAUAUCUUAAUGACAAGUAUGAAAUAGACGGGAGGGAUCCAAGUGGAUAUGUUGGUUGCAUGUGGUCGAUUUGCGGUGUGCAUGAUCAGGGUUGGCGAGAACGCCUGGUGUUUGGCAAAAUACGCUACAUGAACUAUGCAGGCUGCAAGAGAAAAUUUGAUGUUGAUGGAUACAUUUCUUAUGUUAAGAGGCUAGUAGGUGAAAUCAAGAAGAGAAAAGCCGUCCCCCUGUUCAAUGGAAAGGAAAAAGAACUUCGCAUUUAAGCGUGUUAUUUGGACAUGGAAUAUGAUCUUUAAAAUCAGGGUGCUGGCUGGAGGCGCCAGGUUUUGAUACCAGGGGCGGAAUGGAAUUUUCAUUUUCUGUAACUUUUGCAAUAUGGCAUCUCGAACUGUUUGACAAAUGCCUUUGUUGGUAUCUACCACCCCUACAGAUGGUUAUUUGUAUUCUGACUUCGUAUUUUCAGCCAGCCUUUUGCUUAAAUCCAGGAAGUAUACACACAA